AUUCUCAAACAUUUCCUUCGAAACAGUUCAGAUUUUAGAAACCAAGUACCAAGCUGCGACCGACUCACGUACGCGAGAGCAAAAAUGACACCGACACAACCACAAAAUGCUCGUAAUUAUAGAUGGAGCCACGAUUCAUUUUUUGACACGCGCACGCGCACGUGCCGGCUGCUGGAGCCGUCAGCCGAAUUCGCCGAAUUUCGAGAUUAAAAAUAUAAGUAAAAAGUUAGUUUAUAGACACCUAAAACUACUGUGAAUAAAAAAAUUAAGAGCAAAUGAAAAGCAUUGUUUUAUAUAUUAAUUCCUGGAUUAAAAAUUCGUACAUUUUUUUUAAAGUUUUGAGAAGUGAGUUGAUUUAAACAAAUUUAGAGAUAAGAGCAUGGAAUCGGUAUGGACGAGAUAUCUAAAAUGGUGCACAACAAAAAGCGGAAAAAAUGUCUGCAAUAAAAUAUUUAUUGCUUUAAAUAUUGGCACUUUUAGUGCUGUAUAUUUACCCCACACCUUCCAUUUAAAAGAUUAUCAAAAAUUCAUGGAACUCUACAAAGAUGGGAAACCAGUUCCCGUUCCCGAAAACCUAAAAUCCCUCUUCGAGGAAGUCGAGGAUGAUCUAGACAUUCACAAAAUCGAUCGCAAAUUAAUAAAACCCUUCAUGUGUUUCGGUUUCGACACUUUUCAGGCCGGGAUUUCCGGCAUGAGAUCCGGUGGUAUAAUCGGUAUUCCAAUAAAUUUCACCUACAAAACUGCCAGAGAUUUGGAAGCCAGUCGUCUGUUAAUAAACAACGCGCCUGUCGAUUGGUCCCGACAAGAAACCGAGGAUUUGGCCCAAGCUCUCGUGUUAUCGCCAGAUGCGAAAAAAUUUGCAAUCGCUCGUGAAAUUCUCACUUUCGAGGAGUUCAGUAAACUCUGGGAUUGCAUCGCAGCCACCGUGUUAUUUGUAUCCUCCUACGCAUUUUCCCAGUGGAUGAAAUAUAAGUUCAACAUGUACAAAAAAUCAUUGUCUUCACGAGUUCUCCUCUAUACAGUUGCCGGAUUUGGCGGUGUCGGUCUUUAUUUCAUGCAAAAAGAUUUUUUCCGCAAGCGAACCGAGAGAAUCGUUGACGAAAAAUUGGCACAAGCUGGUCCAACUUAUGUGAAGGGAGGCCACGAAUUUUAUAGUAAACUGUUGGCCAGGAAUAUUGCCCACAGGGCUCUGCUUGAUAAACACGGACACGAAUUAUUCACCGAGGAAGGGGAUCUUGCUUAUUUUAUUCGAGAAAAAACGACGCCCUUCACAAAAAGAAAGUCUCGUUUCGAAUCCAUGAUUAAGGAGUUUAUGAAGGAGCAGGAGAAGAGCUUGGAUUCGGACCUGACAAAAAUAGCAGGCGAUGUUGAACAAGCGUAGGAACUAGGAAGUAAAUUAGUAUAAUAAUAUUGCUCGUUUUUAUAAUUAAUUCGCCCUAGAAUUAUGAUUAAUUGUACGACUUUUGUAAAUAAGGAAAUAAAAA